CUACCUAGGUGACACGUAUAUGUUAUCGACAGUAAGACCGUCGCCAGUAAACUUGAAAUAAACACGGUUUGGGGCAAAGAUAUAGCUUUCUAUAGGACAGGAAUGUAUGGGGUAUUGACGACAGUCGUGCAGAACGAGUAAAACGUCACGCAUUGCACGUUUCUUACUCUCGGAGUCGGAGCAGUCGGAGGUGAGAUUUGUGGUACCGCCCCCCUCCCCCACAAUUUGGAUUGACUUUGGCCUGGCCAUACAACGUUAACUUCAAAGAUGAGUGAUACACCGGCCCCCUCGCAGAGCCAGAGCAACCCUUUGGCUCGGAAGUUGAACAAGAUUCUGGAAUCUAGACUUGACAAUGACAAGGAGAUGCUGGAUGCUCUGGAGGCUUUGUCCCAGUUCUUCGGGGAGAACAGUCUUCGCAGCCGGCGGAACUUACGAGGCGACAUCGAGCACAGGAGUCUGACUAUCAACGAGGAGUUUGCAGUUGCCUUUAAAGAAGUGAAAGAGCAACUAGAUGGGAUCCAUGAGGAUGUAAGAGCAAUGUCUGAAUGCUGCCAGGAUAUGACUAGCAGACUCAAGGUUGCUAAGGAGCAAACUCACGACCUCAUCAACCAAACCACAAAACUCCAGGCUGAAAGCCAGUUACUACAGAUGAAGUCAGAAGUGGCGGACGCGUUCCUGUCCAAGUUUCAGCUGCAGCCAGCAGAGAUGAAGGUUCUGCGCGGAGGUCACAACACAAACAUGACAGAGGACUUUUUUUCUGCCCUGGAGCGAGCCAAGUCUAUCCACAACGAUGUGAAAGUCCUGCUGAGGACAAACCAGCAGACAGCAGGGUUAGAGAUCAUGGAGUCCAUGGCCCUGCACCUGGAGACUGCAUAUGAGAGACUGUACAGGUGGACACAAGCGGAGUGCCGACUGCUGACAGGUGACUCCCUGGAGGUGUCCCCCCUGCUGUGUCAGGCCAUGUCAGCUCUACAGGACAGACCUGUGCUCUUCAGAUACUCUUUGGAUGAGUACGGGACAGCCAGGAGGACUGCUGUAGUACGGGGGUUCAUAGACGCUUUAACAAGAGGAGGUGCAAGUGGUACACCACGCCCCAUUGAGAUGCAUUCCCAUGAUCCUUUGAGAUAUGUAGGAGACAUGCUGGCGUGGUUACACCAGGCUACUGCAUCAGAGAAGGAGUAUCUACAGGCAGUGCUCAAGAUGGUCCCAGAGGACUGUGUGGAGGAGCCGAUGGCUGAAGUACUGGGCCACAUCACAGAGGGAGUCUGCCGACCAUUUAAGGUUCGAGUAGAACAUGUCCUAGUUGCUGAGCCUGGUCCAGUCAUACUCUACAAACUGGCCAAUUUACUCAACUUCUAUCACCACACAAUAGGGUCUAUCCUCCAGGGGUCCUCCAGUCUUCUGGCCACAACUGAAGACAUGCACCAACUCAGCAAGAAACUCUUCAUGAACAGUCUUAACUGCCAUGCCAGCAAACUCAUGGAAAAGGUGGAGCUCCCCCCAGCAGAUCUAGGCCCAACUGCAGCACUGAACCAGACCAUGGCACUUCUGCGGGAGAUUCUGUCAUCCUAUGACUCUUCUGUGGUCCCUCUUGAUGCUCGGAGGACUGACUUCACAGAGGUCCUUUCCUGUGUAGUGGACCCCCUGUUACAGAUGUGUGCCAUGUCAGCCAGCCAACUCAACCCAGCAGACAUGGCCACGUACAUGGUCAACUGUCUCUACAUGAUGAAGACCACACUCUCCCUCUUCGAGUUCACAGACCAGCGGCUAGAAAUGCUGUCUGCUCAGGUUGACGCCCACUUAGACACCCUGGUGAAUGAGCAGGCUUCCUUCACCCUGAGCCAUGUGGGACUGGCACACAUGUACAGUGUUGUACAGCAACACCAACCUCGGGAGGGUCCCUUGUCAGCUGUCCAUGGACUGGAUAGGAACUCCAUCAAAACUGCAAUGAAACAGUUUGAUGCCUUCCUGGCCUCACCAGAUGAUCUGGUCCUGCCACAGUGCAAGUUCUUGUUAAGUGCCACACUAAGGGACGUUGUGGAUAAGAGAAGUAUGGAUGUGAUACGGCAGGUGUAUGAACAACUGUACACAGCAGUGACAGAUCCAGCCAACAAGUAUGAGGAUCCAAAUGAGCUGGUGCAGAGGACACCACAGCAAAUAAAGCAGCUUUUGUCCUAGUCUUGAACCCUGUUAGUAAUAUGCCAUGUUUCAAGUUACAUGUACCAUAAUGUUUUGAGCUACAAAAGUUGGUUCACAUCUGCUAUUAAUACUGCCUAUUGGUAGAUACAUGUAUCUGGCAAAUACUAGUAGUCAACGUAGGUUAUGGGAUUACAAAAUUAUUUAUUGUUGCACAAGGUUUAGCAAGUGAAUAAGGAUCACUUAUACUAUUGUAGAUUGUGGGAACUUUUUUUUUUCGUGGCAGACGUCAAUUUAUGGUGGUUUGAGAAAUGCUGUCUCCAUUUCUAUGUUGUACUCAAUGACAUGUACAUUGCACAAUACCAGUAAUGAUUCUGAAUUUAAUGUGCAUAUUAGAAUGAUGAGGUACAUGUACAUAGCAUUUACAAUACUGUCGUUGUUUAAAAAAUAUGAUUCAAUCAAUGAAUGUACCCUGAACAUUUUGGUGGGUUUAUUUUAAACGAUGGCACAUGGACCCAUAUCUCAAUGGAGAACUUGCUGUUACAGUGAUGCAUUUCACAAUUUGGUACAUGCAAUAAUAAACCAUUAAAUUUGGCUAUCC